UGAGUGCGUCUCCUGUUUUGAGGAAGUAGCCGCUUGCUAGCUACUAGCAUCGAAGAAGUUCGUCGGCAAACAUGUUCUCAUUGCACGCCUGAUCGGUAAGGAAUAAUCCCGUCAUCCACAAUGAAGUUAAACGACGCCAAGCGAGUUGUAACGGCGAUUAAACGCGAAAAGGGAGCCAAGAGCUCUUCCUCUUUAUUUAGCUUGAGUUAGCUCGUGAGGCUAACGCCGCCUCUUGUUGUCAUGAAUUGACACAUUGACGGGAGUCACAACGUUACUCAUUUGCUGGCUCACUAAUCCGCGUUAAAACAUUCAAGGUCAAGGGAAUGGCAGUGUGUGCACUGACCAUGCUGGACGGGAUGGGUGGUGAGGCCACAGCGGCGGGUGGCGCCCUGCUGGUGGCCCUGGCGUUGGUGCUGGCCUGGCUCUCCACACACGUGGCAGAGCGCGGGGAUCACAUCCUGGGCACAAUCCUGGCAGCAGGCGCCCACGCCUCACUCAUCGGCGUGGGCGGGGACGCGGGCGGCGACGUCCAGGUUGAUGCCCCUGAGCAGACUGGUGCCGCCCCUCCUUUGCCAGAGAACAAGCCAGAUGACGGUGAGGCGGAUGAGGGGUCUCUGCCCGAGGACACUGAUCUUUUGCUGGACAUUCAGAGCAAAGCACCCCCGGGGGACAGAAUUCAUGCUUCGGAUGAGGAGGAAGACGAGGAUUACGGCGAAGACGUAGAGAGAGAGCAGGGAUGUAAAAAGGCGCUGUCAGCCGUGCCGUCCUUUUGUGUGCGACUCAAGUUUUUAAACGACACUGAAGAAGUGGCGGUCGUCAAGCCUCACCAUACUGUGGACCAACUCAAAAGUAAGUACUUCUCUGGGCGUGAGCAUCAGAUCAAGCUGAUCUAUCAAGGCCAACUCCUGCAGGACUCCAAGAGGACUCUGCUGUCCCUGAACGUGACUCACAACAGCGUCAUCCACUGCCACGUCUCGCAGGCCCCGCAAGACGGCGCCCCAGAAGCGGGGGCGGCGGGUUCCCCCCAGGGGGCGUCGGAUGUCUCCGGGGGCCUGCGGGCGGCGGGUGUGGCCAUCAGCACAGGCAGCCUGGUGGUGCCCGUGUUCGUGGUGAUCCUGGCUGUAGUUUGGUACUUCCGCAUCAACUACCGCCAGUUCUUCACCGCGCCCGCCACCAUCUCCCUGGUGGGUGUCACCAUCUUCUUCAGCUUCCUCAUCUUUGGCAUGCACAGCCGCUGAAGAAACUCAUUAGCAUGUGACUUAUGUGACCUCCACCAAGGCCCUGAAACUCCCAUAUUUGGAUCAUCCACAUGCUGAAAACCAAAGAAAAAAAAAAGCAAGCAGUCCACCCACCUGCGUUUGACACGCUUUUCUUUCCAGCUUCGCCUUUCUCUGCCAUAAAACAUCACUGGGAC